AUGAACAUCCUAUCGUCCGCCGGGUUCUUGCAGCACUUAUACCAGGUGUGCCGACUUCCACCUGGAAGCGGAGCUCUUGUAGCUCCUGUGUGUUCAACCUUUGUUUUCAUGAGCAAAGGAACAACGAAGAGGUCAGCUAUUCAACCAGAAGGAGAUGUCUCGGCUCCAUCGGUAAGGGCUGGAAAUAAAAUCCUUUGCCGGACACUGGUACUACUGUUCGUAUGCGCUGCCCUCCAGGUUUGGUGGAUACUGGAACAGCCUAAGGGCUCCUGUAUGGAAGACCACCCAGCGUUUCAAUACUUCAUGCGGCAGGUCACAACAUUCCGACAUUACAUGACCAUGGACGAAUACGGCGGGCCAACACAGAAGCCCACAUGGCUCUACAGCGGCUUGAAAUGCAUCGAAGAGCUCUACAAGUUCAAACCCUUGCGUUUGCCACAGCAUGUUGUCGAAGAGAAGCAAAUGGUCGUCCACUACAAAGACAAGAACGGAGUUGACCGCAUAUGCGGAGGGAAGGACUUGAAAAGUAGUGAGAACUACCCGGCACAGUUUGGAGUGGCAUUGGCUCGGCUUCGGACUCAUCAUGCGGCCCAAGUGAAGAAGAAUGCUUUGAGGGUGGUGAAGAACAACUUGAAGGGCUGUUCUAUGAUCCCUUUGAACCACAGAGCCAGUCCUAGAUGGAUCAAGUGGGCUGAACUAGAGCCCGUCUUUGAUUUUCUAAUGUGA